AUCCUAUCAACAUAGACCAUCUCUGGUGAAUCAUAAGCGGUUGGCGCUGUCUGCUGUCCUCAAAGGACGUUGCUCUUGUUAAACUUCAACCAAAGAGGCCAGUUUAUAAAUUCAUAUUGCCCUUCAGCCGGCAGCAUCCCCACAGGAGCUGGAGGAGUACGGAGAAAGAGGAAGUGCAGACAGACAGAUUAAAGUUGGAGCGGGCUAAAGGAAUGAAGAUGUACCGGCCAGAACAAUGAUGGAGACGACUGAGUGGGAGAGAUAAACAACGGCGGAGAGACACACACUCUGACUCAAUACGAUCAGCCCCCCUGCUUCUGUUAUGGAGCAAGAAGAAGCUGCAGCUUGGGAAGACGUGGACUCAAAGCUGAUUUACAGGAUUGAGCGGCCGGUCUACGAUGAAGCCUUCAUCCGGUCGCAGCUACUCAACCGCAAACAAAACUCCACCACCUUCCGACAGAGGCUGGCACGCCGGGUCCGGUGUUCAUCAAAGAAGGCCAAGGCGGCAGCUUUGAGCUUCCUGCCUAUUCUAUCAUGGCUGCCAUCCUAUCCAGUCAAGCAGUACCUGUUUUCGGAUGUGGUCUCAGGUCUCAGCACAGGAGUCGUGCAGCUCCCUCAAGGUCUAGCCUAUGCUAUGCUGGCUGCUCUGCCUCCAGUUUAUGGUCUAUACUCCUCAUUCUACCCCGUCCUGCUCUACUCCUUCUUUGGCACCUCCAGACACAUAUCCGUAGGCACUUUUGCGGUGAUAAGUCUGAUGAUCGGGGGUGUUGUGGUGAGGGAGGCCCCAGACUCCAUGUUUUACGUCCUGCCUGCCAACGGAUCCAACGCGUCUGCCGUCCUGGACGUGGAGGCUCGUGACGCCAGGAGGGUGCAGGUGGCCGUUGUGCUCACGACCCUGGUGGGAAUCAUCCAGAUUGUCCUGGGUCUUCUCAGGUUUGGCUUUGUGGCAAUCUACCUCACAGAGCCCCUGGUGCGAGGCUUCACUACAGCAGCAUCCGUGCACGUCGUUGUCUCUCAGCUCAAGUACCUGCUGGGCGUGAAAACGCAGCGCUUCAGUGGGCCCUUCUCUGCUAUUAAUAGCACCAAGGCGGUACUCAGUGACAUCACCAGCACCAAUGUCACCACACUCAUCCUGGGCCUCGUGUGCCUCGUCUUCCUGUACGUUGUCAAAGACCUCAAUGAGCGCUUUAAGAAGAAACUGCCCAUUCCCAUUCCUGGAGAGAUUAUCGUGGUCAUUGUGUCAACCAGCGUCUCGUAUGGCCUGUCCUUAUCCGACGACUACAAGGUGGACGUGGUUGGGAAGAUACCAAGUGGGCUUCUCCCUCCUGCCGCUCCAGAGUUCUCUCUGUUACCCAGUUUGGUCACAGACUCCUUCGCUGUAGCAAUUGUGGGAUUCUCAAUGGGCAUCUCGCUUGCCAAGACCUUUGCCCUGAAGCACAGCUACAGCGUGGACGGCAACCAGGAGCUGAUUGCCCUCGGUCUGUGUAACUUCAUAAGCUCUUUCUUCCAAACCUUCGCCAUCACUUGCUCCAUGUCAAGGAGCCUGGUGCAGGAGAGCACUGGUGGAAAAACGCAGAUUGCAGGGCUGCUGGCGUCUCUCGUGGUGCUGCUGGUGGUGGUGGCCAUUGGUUUCGUCUUCCAGCCGCUCCCUCAGACUGCGCUGGCUGCCAUCAUCAUGGUGAACCUGCUGGGGAUGUUCAAACAGUUCAGAGACAUUCCUACUCUGUGGAGGACCAGCAAGCUCGAACUGGCCAUCUGGCUGGUAGCCUUUGUAGCGUCUGUGCUGUUGGGCCUGGAUUAUGGCCUCCUGGUGGCCAUCGCAUUCGCCAUACUGACAGUCAUCUACAGAACACAGAGCCCUAAAAGUGCCAUCCUGGGCUAUGUUCCAGGCACAGGGCUGUACUAUGAUGUGGAUGAGUAUGAAGAGGUGGCUGAAUAUGAGGGGAUUAAGAUUUUCCACUCCAACUCUUCAAUCUACUUUGCUAACAGUGACCUUUAUGUGAACACCCUCAAGGAGAAGACGGGAGUAAACCCCGAGCAGUUACAAGCUACCCGGAAAGCCCGAAAAAAACAGCGGGAGAAAGCAAACGGCAACCACAACUCUCCACUGAAUCUUUGUGCCAAGUAUAAGGGGCAGAGAGUGACCCAUGAGGUUUUGUCCCAUAACCACAUGAGGGAGGAGCAGAGUAACGGCCGGCUGGGGGACAGAAGCAGCGAGUCGGACUUAGAGGAGGCCGUCUUCCUCGAACCUCUGAGCACCGUUCACUCAAUCAUCCUGGACUGGACGCCCGCCAGCUUUAUUGACUCUGUGGGAGCCAAAGCCAUCAAACAGGUUAUUAAGGAAUAUGCAGCUGUGGAUGUUCAAGUGGUCAUAGCCGGCUGCAGCAGAAGCCUAUUAUCUCAGCUGGACACCUUACAGUUUUUCACCGGGGUCAUGACUCCAGAGAUGGUGUUCCCGACCAUCCAUGACGCUGUUCUGCGCUGUCAGCACUCAAAAUCCCGCCCAUCAGCUGUUCCAAUCAAUUAAACGACCUGACAGGAGAGGACACCUGUAACCGAGGACAAAAUCACAGCAGCAGGGUCCUGACUUGGACAGCAGAUUUAGUCCCGCACCUAACUGUAGGAGCGGUGUACUUGUCUCCAUUGAUGUUCCAGCAUCACAGUAGAGAUGAACUGAACAAUCAUUCAUACUGAAUAGGGGAGUGCUUAUAGCCCAGGUGGAUUUUUUCCCCUCUCAAGAGUCUGACAACCUUGUUAACUUAAAAGUACUCAGAGAAGCAAGAUACAAGGCAGUUUUUAUGAGGCUUUCAUCCAAUCACAAAGGCAGGAUUGAGUUUCCAGCUGACUUCUUCCUCUGCAUCCUCUCUCGAGGGUUGUUUAGAGUUGCACUUUUAAAGUCUUUGUGUAGUUCUGUUUUAGUUCUCACUGCUCUGCUGAAAGAAGUAUAUUUUAAAGUAAGCUGCUGCUUCUUUGGUCCUUGUUAGAAUGAUUUCUGGAAGAGUCUAGUUUGUGGUGGAAACUUUUGUGAAACUGACCACAAGCUGCCUCUCAUUAUAAUGUGGUUAUCAAAUGUUUAUGGUUACUGAGAAGUUGUGUCCUGAUGGAUAUCUGACUAUUACAUUUUCAGCUGCAUUUCUGUGUAAUUGUGUAUUUAAAUCAGCUGACGAACUAUCAUUGGUCAAUUUGCAGUUUCAUGUUACAGUACAUUUGCACUGCUGUUUGAGUCUGAGUGCAACACUAAUGCGUAUUGUACAUUCUGUCAGUGGACAGUGUUUUCCUAUUUUUAAAAAAAAAAAAGAAGCUGUAAUUGUGCUGUUAUUUAAUAACACUGGAUGCCUUUAAAGUUACCAUGUUAUGUUACAACAUUUAACAAAACAUUUAGAUGCAAAUCUGGAAUAAACUUUUAUUUUUAAGCAAA